ACAGCCACAGCACGUGUACAAAUUUUGUAAUUGUAAAUUGAUUUGAUUUCUUCAAAAAUUUUUGUAAAUAAUGUCUGAUUCAGAAACUGAUGAAAAUAGUUUAAAUGGCGAGGAAAAUGGAAAUAUGGAAACGAAAAAUGGAGUAGGAUCUGAAAAUGAAGACGGGGAUGUUGGAGCGUUUGUUAAGCAUCCGAACAAAAUAAAUACAGAGAAACACAAAUGCGAGGAUGUUACAUGGAAAGAUCUGGGAUUAAGUGAUAUAAUAUGUGAUGUUUUGAAAGACAUGAAGUGGAUGAACCCAACUAGAAUACAAAAGGAAGCCAUUCCUGUAGCAUUGAAAGGAAAUGAUAUAAUUGGCCUUGCUGAAACUGGUUCCGGUAAAACAGGAGCAUUCGCAUUACCCAUUUUACAAGCAUUAUUUGAAACGUCUCAAAGAUAUUUUGCACUAGUAUUAACACCGACAAGAGAAUUAGCUUUCCAAAUCUCGGAGCAAUUUGAUGCUUUAGGCGUUUCUUUUGGUUUAAAAUGCUGUGUGAUUGUUGGUGGAAUGGAUAUGUUUAGUCAAGCACUGCAGUUAGCAAAGAAACCGCAUGUUAUAAUUGCAACUCCAGGUCGUUUAGUUGAUCAUUUAGAAAAUACUAAGGGUUUCGAAUUAAAAGCUAUAAAAUAUCUUGUAAUGGAUGAAGGAGAUCGUAUUUUAAAUAUGGAUUUUGAAGUUGAAGUGAAUAAAAUUCUUAGAGUUUUGCCUAAACAACGUCGUACAUAUUUGUUUAGUGCAACAAUGACUAAAAAAGUAAAAAAAUUACAAAGAGCUUCAUUAAAAGAUCCAGUUCUUGUUGAAGUUUCAAAUAAAUUUCAGACAGUUUCAACGCUUCAACAAUACUAUUUAUUUAUACCAUUAAAAUUUAGGGAAGUUUAUUUAGUUUAUAUUUUAAAUGAACUAGCCGGUAACAGUUUUAUGAUAUUUUGUGGAACAUGUGCAGCAACAAUAAGAUUAGCAUUAAUGAUACGAGCUCUUGGUAUGGCCGCAAUACCACUACACGGUCAAAUGUCACAGAACAAACGUUUAGCUGCGUUAAAUAAAUUUAAAUCAAAAAGUCGUUCAAUUCUUGUUUCUACUGAUGUAGCAUCAAGAGGUUUGGAUAUUCCACAUGUUGACGUUGUUAUAAACUUUGAUAUACCAACUCACAGCAAAGAUUACAUACAUAGAGUCGGUAGAACGGCAAGAAAUGGUGCUGCAGGACAAGCUGUAACGUUAGUUACACAAUAUGAUGUAGAAUUAUAUCAAAGGAUAGAACAUUUAUUGGGUUAUCAAUUGCCACUUUAUAAAGUUGAAGAAGAUUCAGUCAUGAUGUUACAAGAACGUGUUGCUGAAGCCUUGAGAACGGCUAAAUUAGAACAAAAGAAUCUGGAGAAUUCAAAACUCUUAUCGAAAGAAAAACGAUCUAUAGAAGAUGAAGAGGAAAUGGGCGGAUUAUCUAAAAGAGCGAAAAUCUUCAAAAACAAAAAUUUUAAAAGAACAAAAACUAAAAGGCGAAAAUAAAAAAUUGGAAUAUAAAAUUUAAGAGAAAUAAAUGUAUUUUUUAAAUUUAUU